GCGUAAACGCAGAUUCGAGUCCGAGAGGUUUUUUGGUUGCGAGUCCCCGAGGAGAGUUUGUUUUCUUUACGUCCGAGUUUUUUUCUUAUUCUGCGACUUGUUACAAGCGGACGAAGCGCGAGUUCCAUCUAACAAUUUCCUUAUUUCGGAUUUGAGUCGCGAAUGGCGGAAAUCAACGGAUAGACGAGUAAACUCGGCCGUGCGGGCGAACGUCACAUACGUCGCGAGUGUGAAGGAGGAAAAAAGCAAACGAGAAAAAUCUGUCUGCGGUGGCCUCGAGCAAGAGACCCAGUGCCUUUCGAAACCCUUUUUCCAGUAAUUAAUGCUACAGUUCAGGACAUGGUGAUUGUCAGUAAGGAUUGGAUGGAAAAUGUAGAAGACACGAAGCCUCUCUUAGAUCCGAACACAUUAAUUAUGGCCUCACCGGUUGCGGUUAAUUCAAAUGAAAAUACUGUUCGAAAUGAUUGGAAGCAGCAGGUCCAAUCUUCAAUAAUCGGAACGCAAAAUAACCGCAGUAGUGAAUCUCCACAAUGUGCCCGAGUUGUGCUUUAUUGUCAGCCAAAUUCACAUCCUUUCCAGACGCGUACUUUGCUUCUAGAACCAAACCAAGAAGUAAAAGUAGGUAGAUCCAUAGCUAGAAACCGAGUUUCUGAAAAUACCGCUAUAUUCGAUUGUAAAGUAUUGUCUAGAAACCACGCUGUGAUAUGGUACAGCGAUGGGAAGUUCUAUAUUAAGGAUACGCGAAGUAGCAAUGGUACAUUUAUUAAUGAACAGCGGAUAAGUCAGUCGGAGCCGGAAGAAUUGCAUUUUGGUGAUAUAAUAAAAUUUGGUGUUGAUGUAGUGGAAAAUUCCCGACAGGAAGUCCAUGGCUGCAUCAUUGCCAGCGUUAAGCUUUACCUACCAGACGGCCGAGAAUUCAUAUCAAACUCUUCAAGUAGAUCGAUACCAGGUGAGGGGGUCAUAUCAUUGGAGGAGCUUCAUCGUCUUCACCAUUACAUGCAGGAAGCAGUCCAACGUGAGAAACUAUUAGAAGUGAAGCUGCACGACAUACAGAAAAUCAUAGAAGUGACCAGGCGAAAUACAACGAGUUGUUGGCAAGCCAUGAUUGACGAAGACCGCCUUCUAAACCGAAUAGACAUACUCGAGAAUAAGUUACAAUUUUUCCAGAAGAAUGCCCCCGAGAAUAGUCUGCGGGAUGAGAUUCUCAAAUUGCAAGAAGAUAAAUGUUUAUACCAAAACUCAGCCAAAGAAGCUCUUCGAAAAGUUUACCAGGAACGAAUGGAUGCGACGCAGAAAUUAUCGACUAUCGAGCGGGCGUUAUGUAGUAGCGAAGAUGAAUGCUCUCUUCUGCGAGAUCAAUUGUUGCGAGCACAACAAAAUUUACAAGAGGUGAAUGCUCGCCUCACACGCUUCGAAGCUGAGUGCAAGGAGUAUCGAGAGAAGAGUGAGAAAGCUCAAAAUCAAGUACAAAAACAAGACACCGAAACACAACAGUUGUAUGCACAGUUAAACGAAAAAGGGGAGGAGUGUGAAGAAUAUAAAAGCCAAAUCGAUACGUUGCUAGCGGAGAAACAUGAUCUCGAGAAGCGUCUAAAGAUUACAGGGAAUGCAAAUGAUGAGAAGAGUGAAGGUGAUACGAUAUCUACUGGAAGCAAGCCGGCAGGCAAGGGAACUGUAAUGAAAUGGUUUGAGAAUAGCGAACUAAAGAAUAAAGAAGAAUCGGCUGAUAUAAUUAGAGCUAUCUGCAAUGAUACCGACGACGAGAAUGGGGAUGAAAUAGACAUUGAUGUUGACCUCAGUGGCGUCUACAACAAAUUGACUAAUCUCGAAAAGAAUUUAUCUCAGUUAGCAAACGAAUUGAAAAAAGAUGAAAAAAAUGAACCAGAAAAGAAUAGUACAAGUGUGAAUUCACCGUUUAACAAUGGCAAUUCAAAUACCGAGCCAAAGUAUGAAGAAUCAGUAAGGUCGGAUGUCUCGACGUUAAUGGAGGUCUACAACGAAUUAUUCCAAAACGUUUCGUAUUUAAAGAGCGCAAAAGAGAAUAUGCAGCAUCGUGAAAAGAAUAUUGAAGUUAAAUUCCGCCGUGCCCAAGAGGAACUCAAUAAUUUGCGACUCGAAUUAGAAGCCCGACCCACAUAUAACCAAUUCAAAGAAAAAGUCAGCCUAAACGAAGUCCUACAAAAUGAUAUAGCAGCGCUUAACUUGAAGCAACAAGAAAUGCAAGAACAAAUCGAUAAAGUUCUGCGGGAAAACGUGGCUCUACAAGAAUCUAUGAAUGUAAAAUCAGCGGAGAAGAUCAACAUUAGCUUACAAACUGAACCAUGUGAAGAGAAGAAGGAUUGCAAGCAAAAGUCUACAUGUGAAACCGAUAUUACUUCUAAACCCAGUUCCGAUUUAGACGAUGAUUUAGUGGAUAGUGAUUUGGAAGUGCUGCGGAAUCCUGCUGUUCAACAGGAAGAAGAGUUGAUAAUUUUUAAGGAGAAAUACGAGUGCAUAACAAACGAAAAUCUUGAAUUAAAGCAAACAAUAGCCAAGUUACAAAAUAGCGAAAGCAUUAUCCAAAGGACAGGUCCGAUGAGAAUCCUGUUGGGUGGUGCAAUUUUUGUAAUCUUCCUUAGCUUCAUUAUUUCGGCAUUUUUCAAUUUGUAGUGAACAGCCUUGUGGUAACUCGAUAGUUCCCGUUCGUUCAUUACGGAAAAGUAACAUCUGCGCUAAGUCUAAAACCGGCAUUAAACGCACGCGAGCUAAGUUGUAUUUUUUGGUUGCGGUUCAUCCGAACAGAGGUUUGCGCAAAGCUAUGUAAAUAGGAUGUGAGUGGUCAAUGAGACAGCUUGUCUGUAGAUUUGCCGAAAGCGUUUUAACAUUUGAAAAAGGAGGAGCUACGCAGUCGCCAACAAGCUGCUAAUAGUUUUGUUACUGUCCGUUGUGAAUACGUUCAUUAUUGUUAGGGUUAGAGAUACCGAACAGUAGUUAUAUGCUUUACUAUUCGAAAUUAUUUAUCUCCCGGAGCAAUGUAUAAAAUUUUAUUCUCUAUCGAAAAAACGACCAUACUAAAGUGUGAGAUAGAAGUGAACCAAGUAGAAAUCUCCUAAAAUUUUUUUUUAAACUGCAGCUGAGGUUUGCACUCCAUAAUCGAAAUACUCAAUGAAUUCAACAUAACUUCUCAUUUGUCAGUACCUCGUAUUCUUUGCUCACUUCAAGUUUUAGACUGCACAUACGGUCAAUAGUGAAGAAGGGGUGUUGCUUUUCUACCACACUUUACUAUGCAAACGCAUCAAAUGAAAAUACAAUAUACACAAAUGCAGUUUGUACGUUUUGUUAUUAUGUCAAGGUCUUUAGUUGAGUUUAUUCGUUAAGGUUUCAUUCAUUUUCAAUUGGACCUCAUUCGAUUCAAGCACAUUCAUAAACGUUGCCAUAUUUAUAGAUUUUUAUACUAUACAAAAAUCACAAUUUGAUACAAAUACACUUUACCACUAUCAUAGUACACACGAAAAACUAAAAACACGAACGAUAUUCGAUGGAAUUAUUUUUGUUAGCUGGUUAUUGUAUUUUGUUUGGUUUUUUAUUUCAUUUUUAGCAUAACAUGGAUCAGUCUAGUUUACCUGCUCUGAUUACUUUACGUUUAUAUUUUUUGUUAAAUUAUGUGGUUGAUACUAUGAACACCAAUAUAAAGUUAGAUAAACUGUGUAUAUAUGUGACAUA